CCUCACAAAGUGAGAGAAUCUGAGAAAAAGGGAAGUGAAGGGCUUCGCAGCUGAUGAUUAGACUCUAUAUUGCUCCAUGCUGAUGGAAAUGAAAGCCCUUUGUGCAAACCGCUUGUCCAAUUUUUCAUCUCUCUUUAGAGGAACUCUUUGCAUCACGAGGACUCGACUUACUUUUCCUGAGAAUCUCUUGGGCCAAGCAAAGCUUGCUUUUUCUUCUGGAAAUGAAUCAUUCAACACCACAGUAGUGCCUCCAACCCUGUUAGCUGCUGAAAAAGAAGAAGCCAAAUCUGUGUUAUCCUUGUUCUUGAAGAAACAAGGUCUGAGCAAGGUAGCUGCUGCAAAAACCAUCACUAAAUCAGAUCUUUUCAUCAACCACCUUGUCUCAAGGCUUCAUUCUGUUCAUAAAUCUCGGUAUCUUGUAGGAAAAGAGCUCACAACCCUUGAGAUCAGGAAUACCCUUAUUCCUUAUAUUGAAUCUCUUCUUGUAGAGCAUGGAAACAGUGUUGUAAAUUUUGUGGAGAACUUUCCUAUUAUACCUGUCAAAGACAAGCCAGCUGUUUCAGUCUCUCAACCUGGUUCUUCUCUUGACUCUAAGAAGCAAAAGGCUGUCUCUCGAAUGAUUGAGGUUGGCGCGGUUGGAGAUUUACAACCUCAUUUCCUCUACCUCUUAGAGCUUGGCAUGGAUCUUGAGCAGAUCAAGUUAGCUACAAGCAGAUGUCCUAGUUUUGCCUACUACAGCUUGGAGGGGAGAAUCAAACCACUUGUUGAGUUUCUUCUUGAUCUUGGGGUAGCUAAAUCAGAGAUUCCUAAAAUUCUUGUCCAAAGGCCUCAUUUAUUCGGACUUAGUAUAUCUGGUAAAAUUAUACCCAUCAUGUUAUACUUAGAAGACAUGGGUGUGGACAAGAAGCAGUGGGCAAAAGUUAUAUUACGCAGCCCAGGACUUCUCACUCAUAGCAGGCAGAAGCUUCAGGCAGUUGUUAAUUUCCUUAAUGAGGUUGGCUUGUCAGGUGAUAGCAUAGGUAAGGCCUUAACUCGGUUCCCAAAAAUUGUAACUUGCAGUGUGGAAGACAAUCUGAAGCCUGUGAACAAAUUUUUUUAUGAAAAGGGAUUCAGUGUGGAAGAAGUGAAGUCCAUGGUGUCAACAUUUCCAUCUAUAUAUUCUUACAGCUUGGCUGAGAGCUUGGUACCAAAAUGGGAGUUCUUUUUGACCACGGGUUAUUCAAAGUUGGCGCUAGUUAAGUUCCCUCAGUAUUUUAGUUACAGUUUGGAGCAAAGAAUCAGACCACGUUUUGCACUUGUGAAGGAGUUGGGAGUGAAAAUCGGGCUGAACCGCAUGUUAGCUGUAUCGUUCUGUGACUUUGAGAAAGUUUUGGAGAUCAGCAGAAAGAAUAUGCUUGCUGACGAGCUUUCGAGUUGUCCAAAGAGCAAGUAAUGAUCUUCGGUUAGG